AAUUGCCAACUUUAAAAAAAAUAAAUUAAUUUUUAGGAGACAAAACCCAUCCGACCAGUUUUUCGCAUCGGAAUCUUUAUAAUCUUAUUGUACUCGUAUUUUGCAACCCAUUCGACCAUAAAGACAUCACAAAUAUAAUAUAAAACCUAAUCCUACCGUGAAAUUGCUCAGAGUUUAACAAACGCAUCUAAAAAUUUAUAAUGGCUGAAAAAACUGGUGUUAGCACUAAUAAUCUAGUAGAAGCUGGUGAUUAUGGCAAGUCUAAGAAGUUGCCCCAAUACAUUGCUGCUCUCUCAGUAUGUAUGGGCUCAGUGGCGGCCGGCACCGUCUUAGGCUGGACGGGCAACAUCACCAAAGAGAACCUCGCUAAUCGCACCCUUAACGACAUCUACGUGGACCCUGACAACGACUACGGUUGGAUCGGUUCUUUCAGCACCCUUGGAGCUCUCUGCAUGUGUUUUCCCAUCGGUUUCAUCUGCGACUUAAUCGGCCGUAAACUCGCUAUGCUCCUCACCAUCAUCCCCUUCAGCGUUGGUUGGCUUCUCAUUAUUUUCGCCGACUCCACAGCGAUGAUUUUCGCUGGAAGAUUCCUCACAGGUCUCGCUGGAGGUGCGUUCUGCGUCUCCGCCCCCAUGUACACCAGCGAAAUCGCCGAGAAAGAUAUCAGAGGGGCACUAGGAAGCUACUUCCAACUCCUCCUCACCGUUGGAAUUCUCUUUGCCUACCUUUUGGGUGCAUUUCUCAAACCGCAAAUUGUUUCGAUUAUUUGCGCUUGCGUUCCGUUGGUUUUCGGUGUUGUGUUUUUCCUUCAACCCGAAACUCCCGUCUACAGUUUGAAGAAAGGGAACGAAGAAGCGGCGAUUAAAGCUUUGAGGAAACUGCGAGGUGAUGAAUAUAAUGUUGAAGCAGAAAUUGCUGAUAUUAAAGCGAAUAUUGAAAAAGACGAAAGGGAAAAAAUCCCUUUGUCUAAGUCUUUGGAAACAAGAGCUGCGAAAAUAUCGCUACUUAUUUGCUUCGGUUUAAUGUUUUUCCAACAGUUGGGAGGCAUCAAUGCUGUUAUUUUCUAUGUAGGAACAAUUUUCGAAGAAGCUGAUUCAGGUUUGUCUGCUUCCGAUGUUACAAUCCUCGUUGGUGUGAUGCAAGUCAUUGCAACUUUUGUCUCGUCCCUUGUUAUCGAUAAAUUCGGACGGAAAAUUCUUCUCCUUAUUUCUGGUUUUAUCAUGUCAAUUGCUGGAAUUCUUAUUGGAAUUUAUUUCUCACUAAAAGACGACGUUAGUGAUAUUGGUUUUCUCCCAAUUUUGGGAGUUUGCAUUUUCAUUAUUGUUUUUUCGUUAGGUUUUGGACCAAUUCCUUGGAUGAUUUCGUCGGAAGUUUUUCCAGCCGAAAUCAAAAGUAAUGCCAGUUCGGCUGCGGGAACUUUCAAUUGGUUUUUGGCUUUUCUUGUAACCAAAUUUUACGGCGAUUUGGCAGCCGAGAUUGGAAAAGACGUUACGUUUUAUAUUUUUGCGGGUAUUUCUUUGGUCGGAGUUGUUUUUAUUUUCUUUGUCAUUCCGGAAACGAAAGGGAAGACUUUGGAUGAAAUUCAGAGGGAACUCAAUGGAGAGAAAAAUGUGGGGCAAGGAAUUGACAAUCAAGGGUUUAAUAGUUAGUUUUAGUCAUUAGUGAAUAAAAGUAUUAUUUAUAAAGUACUUAACUCAAUACUUGUAUUGUUAUUUAUAAAUAUCAUAUGACAUAAAACAGAAAGAAGUGCCCUUAAACGCACUUUUCUUACCUGAUAUUUAGUAAUGACCAACUCCAUACUGUACUUUUCUAGUCAAGUUCUAUUGUAUUGAAAAUAUCACAAGCAAUAAUUAUUGUACGAGUACUGUGCAAAACUUUAUAAAAUUAAACGAUAUUUAAACAUUAA